UGGUUGCCUGGCCAGUCAGCCCUAGCUAUAAAGAACUGAAAGUUUUCAUAAAAUCUGUUGAGGUCACAAAGAAGCUGAAAACUUUCCCUUUCCAGUGAAUAUGAAAGUUUGCACGAUAGUUGGAUUCAUCUUUAUCACUGUGUCUGUUAGUCUACAUUCUCUCUCUUGCAGCGAGAAACUCCCAUCUUGAUUUUCAUUCCUUUGUUUAAUUGCUGGUCCCCUUUUUUGUCUAUACUCCCAAUCUCACUUGGUGGACGCAACGUUCGACUCAAUCUAAUUGCUUUUUGGCCGCCCCCCUCUGUUUUCGUUCCCCCCGGGAUUAUGCUGCAGUCUUCGGGCCUGUCGAUAACUGGAACUUAUUUCUUUCGGUCGUGCUGGGAAUUCCCACCUUGCCAUUCCCUAGCUGUGUAUUUCGUGAUAAUGGAGAAGACUUUUGGGCAUCUGCUGUUGUGCAAACUAAAAACCCACAAGACAGCCAACAAAACACUAACGCUAACGAUCCAUUCCAUCCAAUGGGACAACCAAUAGCAAUCUAAUUUCAUUUGGCUGCUCCGCCAAAUGAAUUUUUUUAUGUUGUAUUUGCCCAUCAACAGACGGUUGCACAACUAGUAAGCAUUUCAAUUUCUCUGAGUGAUUCUUCGUCACGGUUGCGUGUGCAUAACAAAACGACUUUCAAUAGUACAUGGGCCAUUCAGUUGUCGUCCUGUCAGUCAUGUAACACGGAAUUGAAUUCAACUCUUCAAGCCAGCGGCAGAAACCAGAAACCGUCAUUUUUAUUUUCUUUCUAUCUCUAUAACGUUGCGUCACACAAUGAAGGUCGUGGCCAUAAAACUCGUAUAUCUAUAGUAGUCCGGUUCUACAUUUUUUAUCCGCAGUUGGAAAUCGUUGUCUGUGCCCUUGAGAUCUCUGUGUGGGAGGGCAGCCAAAAUUGUAAACGUAAAUAUUCCGCUUGAUUUCUUUCCAUCUUUUUUAGGAUUCAGUUGGCAGCCGACACGGCUCGAUAAAGGACUGCUGGCGCUUUCAAUUUGAUGCAAUUGACAUUUGAAAAAUUGGCCAAGAAUAUUAUGGAACAGUGCAGCGACUACUACUACAACCCCUGAAGCUUAUUGAUUGCGAUUGAUUGGCCAGCCAUGUAAAUGACAGACACUAAGGAAACGACACAAACGCAGCGCAUAGGGACAGUGCACACUGGUGAUAACAACGCGAGCAGAGUUAAAGAAAGGUCGGCGAACGUCAAAACAUUUCCUCAAACUUUAGGCAAAUCAGCCGCGCCGGAUUGGAGUCGGAACUCGUUAACUUUUGGAAAAUCAGAAAGAUAGGAAUAACUUCCAAGAGAAAUGGCCAUUGAAGACUUUGAUGACAUUCUCCCCCACAUUGGCAGUUUCGGUCCGUUCCAGAAGAGGAUCCUCCUGCUGUCUCUACCAGUCAACUAUUUCCUGGCCGUCGUCUACAUGGCUCAGAUUUACCAGACUCUGACGCCGGAGCACUGGUGUUCCGUACCUGAACUGAGCCACCUGGAGCCGUCGGAGCGUCGCAAUUUGUCUAUUCCGCUGGAGACGCGUGACGGUGAGCUGGUCUACAGCCGAUGUCGCAUGUUUGAUGUCAACUUCACUCAAGAGGGAGCGACGGUGGACGUGACACAAGGACGUAAUUUGUCCUGGCCAACCAAGCCGUGCUCGGCCGUCGACGGAUGGGAUUACGACUUGAGUGGCGGAAUGUACCACACCAUCGUCUCCGAGAGUAAUUGGGUUUGCGAAGACGAUUGGCGAGCCAAUUUCGCCCAGGCCAUGUUCUUCGCCGGCGCCAUCGUCGGCAGUCUCCUCUUUGGUCUAUUGGCCGACUGGUAUGGCCGGCUGCCCGUCCUGGUGCUGAGCAACGUGCUGGCCUGCGUAGCGGGCGUGGCCACGGGAUUUUGCCGAGGAUUCGUCGAUUUCGUCGUCUGCCGCUUCCUCGUCGGAAUGGCCUACGAUCUCCAUUACAUGAUGAUGUACAUAAUCCUGAUGGAGUACGUCAGCCCGGAGAAGAGGACGAUAGUGGGCAACAUUCCGUUGGCCGUCUUCUUGACGCUGGGCGCCGGAAGCCUUCCGUGGAUCGCUUACGCCCUGGCGGAUUGGCGUCUCUUUUCCAUCGUCACAUCGGCACCCAUUGGUGCUAUCGUCGUGGCUUGGUGGCUGGUGCCCGAAUCCGCACGAUGGCUCGUUCUCAAGGGGAAAACUGAUAAGACGAUGGAAACACUCCGCAAAUGCGCCCGCAUCAACAACAAGACGGUCGAUCCAUCCGUUUACGAGGAAUUUCAAGCGGCCACCAAGAGGACUUACCAGCUGGAAAAGGACAAUCCCACCAAUUGGAUGGAUCUCUUCCGCUCGUCGAAAAUGCGCCAACGCUUUCUCAUCAUCACACUAACUUGGAUGGUGAUUACGGUUGUUUAUGACGGCUACGUCCGCUCUUUGGCCAUUUUACCUUACAGCGUUUUCAUCACCAACAGUGUGGCUGGAGCCCUGGAAUUGCCGGCUGAUCUGGUGCCGGUCGUCACGCUCGAUCGACUGGGCAGAAGAUGGACACUUAUGAUGGCCCUUGGCCUGGCCGGAUUGGCCGGCAUAGCCACCGGACUCGUUCCCCAGAGUUCGGCCAUGUUGAUGACCCUGCUGGCCAUGGCCAGCCGCUUCUUUAUCACCAUCGCCAUGAACACGGGCCUCCAGUACACGGUCGAGCUCAUUCCGACCCAGUUGCGCGGGCAAGGCACUGGCGUCGUCCACAUCACUGGGCAUGGCGCCACAUUCUUCGCUCCCUUCAUUCUCUAUCUGAGCACCUACUACAAGACCCUGCCCUACAUCGUCCUGGGAGCUCUGUCUGUUUUUGGUGGACUCGUCUGCCUUCUUCUACCCGAAACGGCCAACCAGAAUCUGCCCGAGUCGGUGGCCGACGCCGAACAUUUCGGAGCCGAUCAAUCCUUCUUCCAAAUGCCCUGCCUCUCCAAGCGGAGGGAGCGUCAACAAAGAUUGAACGACGUCGAGGACGUAGCUGUUGUCAAAAGAAGUUUGCCGUCGUUUGGUUCUGCUGCUGUGGGCGGUAGGAUCGCCAGCCCCGCUCGUCAAUACGUCAAGGACCUGUCAGAUCCAAUGUUUACGGGAAUCGGGAGCGCCAAACUCGACCGACAACAACAACAGCAAACUGUUCCCCGUAGACAGGAGGAGCAUCAACCGGCUGAUGGAUGGCAGAAUGAAGCUUUCGCUACCGACGAUAUUUCUUGGGAAAAGCUUCAAACCACUCGAUUGUGACUCCUCCUGUGAUUCUUCUUCCAGAUCCUGAAAGGAAUCGUCUGGGAUUUUUCUUCUUCUUCUUUCCUUUUUCCCUUUUUUCUUAUUUAGAAAACGAAAAAAAUUUAACGUCCACCAUUUUCAUCUCGACAUCCAUUUGUACUGCCAGUCCUUGCGGGAUUGACGACCUCCGUGUUGAUCCCGCCGCUGCAUUUCCCCCCAAAAAAGUUGGACAGGCGCAUAUAUAGAACCGACAAGGUUAAAAUGGUUGCUGCAACGAGAUUGUCCAAGUAUAAAACGAAUAAUGAUAGCACGAAAUUGCUCACACCGUAACUGGCACGUAGUACAUUCCCCAGUCACGUCUACUCACGCACAAUAGGGACGAUCCCUACACACACAGCACACACACCCUGGGUCUUCUUCUUUCCUUUUUAUUUUCGAAUGCCUAUCCGAAAAGAAUUCCGUAUAGCCGCCUGUCGCCAAAUUUAAAAAGUACAAAAGCGGAGCCAUUAUUGAAAUUUGAUUUGGAAUAAUGCCGAGCGUGCACGAGACUUUCUCUUUGGGAUUGUUAGGGGGGGAUCCUGCAUAAAACGACCUUAUAAGACACUGAACCUGCCGAGUGAAAUGCAACUGUGACAACCGCCCCAUAUGAAAUGUGUACAUACGUAUACGCACACUAACGUGCUCGAAUAAUUCGUUCAACUUGCGCGCUGUGUUGUAUCGCUAGCAGCGCUCAGUCGAUUUCAAAUGUAAUAUUCACGCAGGGUUGACAAAUUCUUGUUUACGGCAUACGGCUGUCUGUUUUUCCUUUUUCUUGCUCAUCAUUUGUAUAAUCAUCUUCCUUUCUUGACUAUCUGAUCGGUGACAUAAGUGCAAUAUUCUUUUAAGACGCUCCCAGUCUUGUCUCAAUUGUUAAUGCAGUUAUCUGCGAUUGUGUGAAAUCGUGUGGAACGAAACGAAAUACGAGGUUGACAAAUAAACUAAAUAAUGUGAA